CUCCCGGCGUGCUCCGCAGCUUCCGCCCCUUGCCUGGUGGGCAGGGGCCGAAAUGGCCGUCGCUGGCGCUGGGCCUACUCAGCUGCUCCUGCUCCUGCUGAUGGUGGCAGCAGCCCCCAGCCGGGCGCGGGACAGUAGUUGCCGGUCCGGGGCCGCUGUGCGGGGGGCCGGGACAGAAGGUCGAGAGGGCGAGAGCUGUGGCACCAUGGGGCUGCUGCUGGAGCACUCGUUUGAGAUUGAUGACAGUGCCCACUUCCGGAAGCGGGGCUCGCUGCUCUGGAACCAGCAAGAUGGUACCUUGUCUCUGUCGCAGCGGCAACUCAAUGAAGAGGAGCGGGGCCGACUCCGGGACGUGGCAGCGCUGAAUGGCCUGUACCGUGUCCGGGUCCCGCGGCGGCCUGGGGCCUCUGAUGGCCCAGAAGCCGGAGGCUAUGUCUCCUCCUUUGUCCCUGCGUGCUCCCUGGUAGAGUCACACCUCUCGGACCAGCUGACCCUGCACGUGGAUGUGGCCGGCAACGUGGUGGGCGUGUCAGUGGUGACGUACCCCGGGGGCUGCCGGGGCCAUGAGGUGGAGGACGUGGACCUGGAGCUGUUCAACACCUCCGUGCAGCUGCAGCCGCCAGUCCCGGCCCCAGGUCCUGAGACAGCCGCCUUCAUCGAGCGCAUGGAGAUGGAGCAGGCCCAGAAGGCCAAGAACCCCCAGGAGCAGAAGUCCUUUUUCGCCAAAUAUUGGAUGUACAUCAUUCCCGUGGUCCUGUUCCUCAUGAUGUCUGGAGCACCGGAUGCCGGGGGCCAGGGUGGGGGCGGGGGUGGUGGUGGUGGUGGGGGCAGUGGUCGGUGAGGGGCCCAGGGCCCAUAAAUGCCCCGUCUUCUUCCGCCCAGGAGACACCCUUCCCGCCCGGCAGGCCUGUGUCCUUGGUCAUCCUGGGAAGAACUUGACCGCCCCUCUAGUCUCCUCAUCCCAGGAGGGUAGGCGGGCUCCCCACCCCCAGGAGUCCCUUCCCUCUGGACCUCGGCAUUCCUGUCGGCGGAGGGGUGGCUGGAUUCUGGGUCCUGCUGCAUCCCUUCUGUGGCCCCGCUGUAGGUCCAGAGGCUUCCCUUCGCCACAGGAUUGAGCCCAAGCUCCUAGUCCAGCUCUGACUUCAUGUCUAGUACCCGUUCCACCAACAAUCACCCCCCCCAGCCCCAAGCCCUACAGUUUGGGAACAUGCCAAGGUCUCUCCAGCCUCUGUGCCUUUGUUCGUGGUCUUACCGACCUGACUGGCCCUGGCCAGGCUAGAUGGUCCCCCUAACUUGUCUGACACUGGAUUGGGAUGCCCGCCUCCUGUCUGUCUGCCCUUUAGGGUACCCUGGGGCUCCUCGAAGCCCAGAGCCUGGCACAGAGCAGGGGUGGGCUGGUUGUGGGCGUCCCCUGCUCUGUUCCACUGCACAGCCUUGCCCCCUGCUCUGGCCUCUUAUCUGCUGAGUUUGAAUAAUUGCCAUCAGGAUGCCAGGCCUCUGGGCUUGAAGAAAUGAUGUUGAAAGUCAAAACAAAACAAACUAACAUUUAGUGGAAUCAGGGGCCCUGAUGAUAUAAAAUAGAACCCCUUCCCCCACCCAGAUGUCUUCCCUAGGACCCUGCCAGUUCUUUGUUAUUUAUCUCCCCUCCUCCUCUUGCCUAUUUAAAAACAUUGACAGGAUAAUAUAUUAAAAUAGACAGACGUUUUGGAAAGUUAAAACUUGCAGCAACCAAAUGGCAGCUGUUGACUUGGCCGCAAGGUGGUCAUGAUAUACAGGCUUUAUUCCGUUGUUUGCUGCAUGUAUUAAACAAAAAAAGUGGCCACUGUGUUGUGUAGCAGUUUAUUAAACUGUCCCCCAAAUUUCA